AUGUCUGAAAACGGCGCAAGCAGCAGCAAGGCUCCCGUCACUGAUCGUGGAAUACACCAACCUCUGGUUGAUGUCCAGCCAUUUCGCAUGAGCGAUCUGCAGCCCAAAUACGCGCAUCAAAUCAACCAUGCUGAUGAUAACCCCGAUGCGCAUGGCUGGUACGCCGGUUUGAUCCAUAGCCUAGGUGAAUGCAUCGGAUUUUUCGGAGCUAUCCCCUGCUGCAUCUGCUGCCCCAACCCCUUCAAGCCUGUCGAUCAGGGUGCAGUCGGUUUGAUCUCGCGAUUUGGACGCUUCGAGCGAUCGGUCGAUCCUGGUCUGGUCAAGAUCAACCCACUCAGCGAACACAUCAUCACGGUCGAUGUCAAGAUUCAGAUCGUGGAGGUACCCCGUCAGGUUUGCAUGACUAAGGAUAACGUCACCCUCAACCUGACCUCUGUCAUCUACUACCAAGUGGUUUCUCCCCACAAGACCGCCUUCGGUAUCUCGAACGUGCGGCAAGCCCUGGUCGAGCGCACCCAGACAACACUGCGCCACGUGAUCGGCGCGCGAGUGUUGCAAGAUGUGAUCGAGCGUCGCGAGGAGAUCGCUCAGUCGACCUCGGAGAUCAUCGAGGAGGUAGCAGCCGGAUGGGGAGUGAAGGUCGAGUCGAUGUUGAUCAAGGACAUCAUCUUCAGCAACGACCUGCAAGACUCGCUCUCUAUGGCGGCGCAGUCGAAGCGUAUCGGUGAAAGCAAGGUUAUUGCCGCGCGCGCCGAGGUCGAAUCCGCCAAGUUGAUGCGCCAGGCUGCCGAUAUCCUAUCCUCCGCCCCGGCUAUGCAGAUCCGCUACCUCGAAGCGAUGCAGGCUAUGGCCAAGACUGCCAACAGCAAGGUUAUUUUCCUGCCUGGAGUGGCCCCGACCCAGCAACUGGAAGCCGCUACUAAUGCAGGAGAGGGCCCGAGCAACUACGGUGCCCCGACCCUCAGCAAUGAUGGUGGCUUCCAGGGUGCGAUCAACGCUCGUGUUGUCGAAGACAUCUAG